AUGGGAUUCCCAAAAUACGAGGAGGGGUCUGUAGGGAAACACGAGGUAUGGGAUUCCCCAAAAUACGAGGAGGGGUCUGUAGGGAAACAUGAGGUAUGGGAUUCCCCAAAAUACGAGGAGGGGUCUGUAGGGAAACACGAGGUAUGGGAUUCCCCAAAAUACGAGGAGGGGUCUGUAGGGAAACACGAGGUAUGGGAUUCCCCAAAAUACGAGGAGGGGUCUGUAGGGAAACCCGAGGUAUGGGACUCCCCAAAAUACGAGGAGGGGUCUGUAGGGAAACACGAGGUAUGGGAUUCCCCAAAAUACGAGGAGGGGUCUGUAGGGAAACACGAGGUAUGGGAUUCCCCAAAAUACGAGGAGGGGUCUGUAGGGAAACACGAGGUAUGGGAUUCCCCAAAAUACGAGGAGGGGUCUGUAGGGAAACACGAGGUAUGGGACUCCCCAAAAUACGAGGAGGGGUCUGUAGGGAAACACGAGGUAUGGGAUUCCCCAAAAUACGAGGAGGGGUCUGUAGGGAAACACGAGGUAUGGGAUUCCCCAAAAUACGAGGAGGGGUCUGUAGGGAAACACGAGGUAUGGGACUCCCCAAAAUACGAGGAGGGGUCUGUAGGGAAACACGAGGUAUGGGAUUCCCCAAAAUACGAGGAGGGGUCUGUAGGGAAACACGAGGUAUGGGACUCCCCAAAAUACGAGGAGGGGUCUGUAGGGAAACACGAGGUAUGGGACUCCCCAAAAUACGAGGAGGGGUCUGUAGGGAAACACGAGGCGUGGAGCUCCAUAAAAUUUGGGGGUUACGAGGCGAGGAACUCCCUUAAAUUAGGGGGUCACGAGGCGAGGAACUCCAUCAAAUCAGGGCAACACGAGGCGAGGAACUCCCUUAAAUUAGAGGACAGGAGGCGAGGAACUCCCAAAAAUCAGGGAAACACGAGGCGAGGAACUUCCUUAAAUUAG